AUGCUUGAGUGUUAUGUUGGUAGGUAUCACUACCAAAACUGUCAGAAAUGUCAAUGGAAGCUCUGUAUUGGAAUUUUAUGUCGAGGAAAACCUUGGAGACUGAGAACCCGGGAGUUUUGGGUUAAAGUUAAUCACGAUCCAAACAUUAGAUAUCUUUCGAAUAAAACCAAUUCCAUCAAUCAAAACAUGAAGUCCACAACGGCCAUUAUCGUGGGUUUGAUUCAAUAUGAACCUCCGGUAAUUGAUGAUACGACCCAAGAAGAAAUAACCGCUGGAAAGCACGUAGUUAAAUUGGAGGACAUAUCAUUGGUGUCUACCAACCGUAAUAAUACUAAUGGUCAAUCGUUAAAUUUGCCAUGGAUGAAUGCUCAAUCAACCGGUGAAAGGAGUAGGACCAGUACUUAG